CUGCUGAUUGAACCAGCGGGCGCUGCUGGGGAGCAGGGAUCUCCUCUAGCCAUUCAUCCGUCUGGGGACCGCUCGGAUCACUUUUCACAGAGAUGGCCUUGCUUGGGAAUCCUGCUUCUUCCAGCAUCUUCUAAUUAUGGGACAAAGUUGUACCAGCAGAUCUGAGGCAGGAGAUCCAGGCUGAUCGAGCCAACCAGGAACGUGUCCUGCCUCUGAAGACCUCCAGCCGGUCGAGUCCAGCUCUCCCUGCGGUGAGCAUGAUGCUGCUUCUGCCAUUCCUGCUAGGGCUCCUGGGGCCAGGCAGCUUCUUAUUCCUUUCAGGGGGUUGUCAGGAGGUGGCCACUCUCAUGGUGAAAUUCCAAGUGACAGAGGAAGUGCCGUCUGGCACAGUGAUAGGGAAACUGUCCCAAGAACUGGGAGUGGAGGAGAGGCGUGGGAAGGCAGGAGAUGCUUUCCAGAUCCUGCAGCUGCCUCAGGCACUGCCGAUUCAGAUGAACUCUGAGAACGGCCUGCUCAGCACGUCAAGGAGGCUGGAUCGGGAGCAGCUAUGCCAGCAGCAAGAUCCCUGCCUAGUGUCCUUUGAUGUGCUGGCCAUGGGAGCUUCGGCUCUGAUUCAUGUGGAGAUUCAGGUCCUGGACAUCAAUGACCACCAGCCAGAGUUUCCCAAGGGUGAACAGGAGCUGGAAAUCUCCGAGAGUGCCUCUCUGUACACACGAAUCCCCUUGGACAGAGCUCUUGACCAAGACACUGGUCCUAACAGUUUGUAUUUCUACUCCCUGUCUCCCAGUGAACACUUUGCCCUGGACGUUAUCGUGGGGCCCGAUGAGACCAAACAUGCAGAACUUGUGGUGGUGAAGGAGUUGGACAGGGAAGUCCACUCGUUUUUUGAUCUGGUGCUGACUGCCUAUGACAAUGGGAAUCCCCCUCAGACAGGCACCAGCAUGGUCAAGGUCAAUGUCCUGGAUUCCAAUGACAAUAGUCCGGUGUUUGCUGAGAGUUCACUGGCCCUAGAAAUCCCAGAAGACACUGCCCCUGGCACUCUUCUCAUAAACCUGACUGCUACAGACCCAGACCAAGGACCCAACGGGGAGGUAGAAUUCUUCUUUGGCAAGCAUGUGUCCCCAGAGGUGAUGAAUACCUUUGGUGUAGAUUCCAAGACAGGCCAGAUUAUUCUGCGCCAAAGCCUAGACUAUGAGAGGAAUCCUGCCUACGAGGUGGAUGUCCAGGCAAGGGACCUGGGUCCCAAUUCCAUCCCAGGCCAUUGCAAAGUUCUCAUCAAAGUUUUGGACGUCAACGACAACGCUCCGAGCAUCCACAUCACGUGGGCCUCCCAGACGUCACUGGUGUCAGAAGAUCUUCCCAGGGACAGUUUCAUUGCUCUUGUCAGUGCAAAAGACUUGGACUCAGGGAACAAUGGUCUGGUCCACUGUUGGCUGAAUCAAGAGCUGGGCCAUUUCAGGCUGAAAAGAACUAACGGCAACACAUACAUGUUGCUCACCAACACCACACUGGACAGAGAGCUGUGGUCCACAUACACUCUCACCGUGUUCGCCCAAGACCAAGGACCCCGGCCCUUAUCAGCUGAGAUGGAGCUGCGAAUUCAGGUCGGUGAUGUCAAUGACAAUGCCCCCGUGUUCGAGAAGAGCCGCUAUGAGGUCUCCACUUGGGAAAACAACCCACCUUUUCUUCAUCUCAUCACUGUCAAAGCUCACGAUGCCGACUUGGGCAUUAAUGGAAAAGUGUCGUACCGUAUCAAGGACUCCCCCGUUUCUCACCUAGUAGCUAUUGACUCUGAGACAGGAGAAGUCACUGCUCAGAAGUCACUGGACUAUGAGCAGAUGGCGGGCUUUGAGUUCCAGGUGAUAGCAGAGGACAGAGGGCAUCCCCAGCUUGCAUCCAGCAUCGCUGUGUGGGUUAGCCUCUUGGAUGCCAAUGAUAACGCCCCAGAAGUGAUCCAUCCUGUGCUCAGUGAAGGCAAAGCCACCCUUUCAGUGCUCGUAAAUGCCUCCACGGGGCACCUUCUGUUGCCCAUCGAGAAUCCCAAUGGCUUGGAGCCAGCAGUUACUGGUACACCAAUGGCUACCCACAGCCCCUGGUCUUAUCUUUUGGCCACGAUUGUGGCAAGAGAUGCAGACUCGGGGGCCAAUGGGGAGCUCCUCUACAGCAUUCAAAGUGGGAAUGAUGCUCAUCUUUUUGUCCUCAGCCCCACCUUGGGGCAGCUAUUGAUUAAUGUCACCAAUGCCAGCAGCCUCAUUGGGAGUCAGUGGGACCUGGGGAUAGUAGUAGAGGACCAGGGCAGCCCCUCCUUGCAGACUCAAGCUCUGUUGAGGGUUGUGUUUGUCACCAGCGUGGACCACCUAAGGGACUCUGCUCAUGAGCCUGGGGUCCUAAGCACACCAGUGCUGGCAAUGAUCUGCCUGGCUGUGCUGCUGGCCAUCUUUGGGCUGAUCUUGGCUCUGUCCGUGUCCAUCUGCCGGACGGAGAAAAAGGAUAAUAGGGCCUACAACUGUCGCGAAGCUGAGUCCACUUACCGCCACCAGCCCAAGAGGCCCCAGAAACACAUUCAGAAGGCAGAUAUUCACCUGGUGCCCAUGCUCAGGGCCCAGGAGGAUGAGGCUGAUGACGUUAAAUCAUCCCAUAAAGAUACCAGUAAGGAGGCAUUGAUGGAGGCAGGCUGGGACUCCACCCCCUUCCACCUCACACCAACCUUAUACAGGACCCUGCGUAACCAAGGCAACCAGGGAGCACUGGCAGAGAGCCAGGAGGUACUGCAGGACACCUACAACUUUCUUUUCAACCAUCCCAGGCAGAGGAACGCUUCCCGAGAGAACCUAUGCCUUCCUGAGUCCCCACCUGCCCUGGGCCAGCCACACUCCAGGCCUUUGCAGCUGCCUGGCAGCCCCAUAGCAAGGCUGGCUGGAGACCAGGGCAGUAAGGAGGCUCCACAGAGCCCGCCAGCCUCCUCUGCAACCCUGAGACGGCAGCGGAAUCUCAACGGCAAAGUGUCUCCUGAAGGACAGCCUGGUCCUCACCAGAUUCUGAGGAGCCUGGUCCGGCUGUCCGUGGCUGCUUUUGCGGAACGGAACCCCGUGGAGGAGCUCGCUGGGGAUUCUCCACCUGUGCAGCAAAUCUCCCAGCUGCUGUCCUUACUGCAUCAGGGCCAAUUCCAGCCCAAACCAAACCACCGAGGAAAUAAAUACUCGGCCAAGCCCGGCGGCAGCAGGGCUCCCAUCCCAGACACAGAUGGCUCAGAUGGCUCAGAUAGCCCAGGUGUCAGGCCUGGUGGCCAAGCAGAGCCUGACCUGGAAGAGGACCCCCUAGGCCCCGAGGAGGAGAACCUUUCUGUGAAGCGACUUCUGGAAGAAGAGCUAUCGAGCCUGCUGGACCCCCAUACAGGUCUGGCCCUGGACAAGCUGAGUCCCCCAGACCCUGCCUGGAUGGCGAGACUGUCAUUGCCCCUCACCACCAAUUACCGAGACAACUUGUCUUCCCCUGACGCCGCAGCUUCAGAGGAACCGAGAACCUUCCAGACAUUCGGCAAAACAGCCGGACCGGGGCCCGAGCUAAGCCCAACAGGCACGCGCCUGGCCAGCACUUUCGUCUCGGAGAUGAACUCGCUGCUGGAGAUGUUGUUGGAGCAGCACACGGUGCCAGUGGAGGCCGCGUCUGCGGCUUUGCGACGGCUCUCGGUGUGCGGCAGGACCCUCAGUCUAGACCUGGCCACCAGUGGGACCUCGGGCUCAGAAGCACAGCUGGGUAGAAAGAAGGCAGCCGAGGGCCGACUUGGCUGUGGCAGGAAUCUAUGAACAUGCUUGGUGGGGGGAUACCUUUGGAUCUAGGAGCCAGGUUCCCUGGGAGACGUUAGGGUGGUAUUCAGGCCUUGAGGAUCUCAGGGAAUGAACUGGUUUCUAAAAUUGUGGAACUCAGUGGCCAGAGACACCCUCAACUUUAGGGUAACUGAUGCUGUUCCCCACUGAGGAGGACCGACAGGUAACUGGCCUAAGCAAACCUUGUAACAGACCCUGUGGCUGAGCUUUAUGGAGAAGAGAAACAGCUUGUUUCUCGUGCACACGGAGUUCCUCAGGAGGAAGAGAUGCCGGAUGUCACAGAGUACAGUAUCAUAAGCAAGGGGGGCUGGCCUCACUGGAUACUGGAGGCAGAGGGCUGGCUCCUGAGGGAGACAGGCAGUGCUCUCUGACCUACAAAAAAAAAACAAAAAACAAAAAAAAAAACUGCAGCUCAGUCUCCUGUUUGCCAGAGUACCGGAGGGGUGGGGGAGGCUUUUGUCAUUUAUUCCUGGCAUUAAACUUCUGUUGGGUCAUGACGGGAGUGGGUCACACUGGUUCGAUGACAGGUACACAGAUGAUGGACAUGUGUGUCCUUGACCCCACUCCACUAUGUUAUCCAACAAUAGGCUUCACAGCCGGAAAAUCAGGACUAAGUAAAGUAAGGCUGUAGAUGAAGUAUUUAUAUUCCCCACAAUGCUAGGUUGGUGGUAUUAUUAUACCCAUUCCACAGAUGCAAAGCUCAGAAAAGUUGAGUGUCUUUCCUAGGAGUGAGCAAGGAAUAGAAGCAGAGCCAGGAUUCGUGCUCAGGCUGGCCCAACACCAUAGCCCAUGCCAUCAACCAUGGCACUAGACUGCCAACCAAGAAUAAGAAAAGUCCUUGAAGCCGGGCGGUGGUGGCGC